CCUCCGUCGUGCUAGACAACGCAUGCGGGACCGGCAUCGUCGCGCAGGAAAUUCUCCUCCACGCAUCCAGCGCUUCGCAAACACCACCCCUUAUCCACGCCGUCGACGGCGCGCCGCGAAUGAUUGAAGUCGGGAAGCAGAAUCUGAACGGCCUGGCGGGCGCGGAAUGAGUAACCUGGGCUGUAAUGCCGGGCGAGAAGCUGGACUUCCCGGACGCGUGUUUCACGCACAGCAUUACGAAUCUGGGGCUCUUGUUCUUCGGGGAUGCGGGCGCGGGGGCGCGGGAGAUUUGGCGGACGCUGCGACCGGGCGGGACGGCGUUGGUGACGUGCUGGAAGUGUCUGGGGUAUGACGCUGUUAUUUGGGAGGCACAGAGGGCUGUCAGGCCCGAUGCGCAGGUGUUCAGGGUUCCGAUUCCAAAGCGCUGGUUCGAGGCGGGGUGGCUUGAGGAGACGCUGAGGGAGGGCGGGUUUGUGGAUGUAGAGGUUAGCGAGAAGGUGGUGUAUUAUGCGGCGGGAAGUGUGGAGGGUCUAAUGGAGAGUGAUGAAGAGACCGGCAAGAGGUGGGAAUGGGGGAGAGGUGGAGGAGUGUGUGGGGAUAAGGAUGGUGGCGCUUGUUGGUGUGGCGAAGAAGUGAAAGGUGGGGUUGAAGUAGUUGGAACUGCCGGAUGAGACGCCCAAUCGCUUAAUAUGCUGGCUGUUUGCCCCAGUCAUAGUUUCGAAGGGUGCACAACGCACGGUACUUUAAACGAUACCUUAUAUGAUUUCUAGCUAGAUACGCUCAGCAUAUCUAAGAGACACAUCUUGUACACGUGUUCACUGUUGAAAUCCACCCCAACCAUUCCUG